CGGAAGUGUGACCACCCAUUUCAAAGAUGGAGGACGGAACGUCAGCUUUGGGCAGACCGCAGAUGUAUUUGUUCGGUUGUACCCUGACAUCGGACAAACGGGAGUCCAAGGUGGACGUAGAGGACGAUGAUACGGAGCAGCAGCUGUCGCUCAAAGCAGUGUGUCUUGGAGCCGAUGCAGAGGAUAAGUUCCACAUGGUGGAGGUGGAAGGACUGACUUUCGACGGGAAGACCACCAAAGUGCCUCUGGUCGCCCUGAGACCGUCUGUGCUGCCGUCUAUGACUCUGGGCGGGUUCGAGAUCACGCCUCCGGUCACCUUCCGUCUUCAGGCCGGAUCCGGACCGGUUCACAUCAGUGGACAGCAUUUUGUCAGUGUGAAAGAGUCCGAUGAUGAAGAAGAGGAAAACAACACAUCUCCGGUGAAACGACCUUCCAGCCUGAUGUCGGGGAAAAAGCUUCCCAUGAAGAAACUGAAGAUGGAGUCCGAUGAUGAGGAAGACGACAGCGAUGAUGACGACAAUGACGACGACAGCAACGGAAACGAAGCCAAGCCCCAGAAAGGCUCUGGGAAAACGCUCCAGAGAAGCUCCGAGUCUUCGGCCAAAAAGUCCAGACAGACUCCCGGGAAGCAGAACGGCCCGGCGGGGAAGCCAUCGGGAUCAGCGGGCCAGCCGCAGGUCAAGACGCCCGGCCCAGUUAAAACCAAAAGCCCGGCCGGACCGUCCAAGUCUGUGAGCGACGUUCGGCUCAAGCUGUCAGCAGCGGCCAAGGAGGGGAAACCUCUACCCAAGACGGAGCAGAAGUUUGAGAAUUAUGUCCGCAGCUCAUUUAAGAUCUCAGACAAAUCAGUCAUCAAGGAUCUCUGGAGUUUUGUUCAAACGCUGAAGACUGAGAAGAAGUAGCGGCUGCACACGAAGCAUUUGUAUGUUUUGCAUCCUGCGAGACGUCUAAAGGCACACUCGGUCAGAUGUCCUCCUCGGCCUCGGCCCGUCGGCCUCAGCUGUCACCACCGCAGCCACUUCCUGCAGAGAGGAGGGGGAAUCUGCUCCUCCGCUGAAUGUGCCUUUAAACGUCCACCGUAGAGCUAGAGGAUUCAGACUCCCGUUUUGUGUGAAUUUGAACCGGUUGCUUGUUUUUCCAGCAUCUUUUAUUUUCUUAUUGUAGUUUUACUUCCGUUCUUGAGUAGACCUUAGAUGUACGACGUUCUUUCUCUUGUCUUUUUUUUUUUUUUUUUUUUAACUGAGCAGUAAAUCAAGUGUUAUCAGUUCGACGUGAAAGGAAGAGCCAGUCGUGUUAAUUGAGCAGUUCUACAUCAGAAACGUGUUCUUGCGUCCCUGAACCGGAGCGUUAUCGUCUUUUAAAAGCUUCCUGAACACAUGUGCCCAUCCCUCCGUACGAGCCGCCUGCCAGCGGCACACAUCAUGGAUUCAUAUCAGGACCAUUAACACCUGUUACGAGAGCAAAAGGUAUUCAUUAGACCGGCUGCAGCUGAAAAUCAUCUGGAGAACCGGCCCGCAGGAUCACGAGCUCCAUAAAAGCGGCACAGAUGCCGCGGCCGCGUCCUCUUCCCAACACAUUAGGCAUCACAUCCAGAAAGCCGUAAACAAGGUGAACACAUUAAUUCCAGGAGUGUCUUUACGAGCUGGCUCCGUCCUCCACCGGCGCACUAAACAGAUUAGAGGCGUGUGAUGAAGGCGGCGCGGCGUCAUCGUCAGGUAGACGUCGGAGCGAGCGACGUCACCCUGACUGGAACCACAUGGAGGACUCUCCUCUAAUUGGUUGCACUCAUGUAUAUCAGUGCGCUGAUGAUAAAAAGCUCGCCGCCGCUCUGAGCUCUCAACGUGUUUAUGGUGCUGUAGAAAGCCUGCAAGCAGCUGAGCAGCACCGUUAACCCAUCGCUGUCCGGACCCGGACCCGGACCCGGACCCGGACCCGGACCCGGACCUGGACCUGGACCCGGCUCUACACGGGUCCCAGCCUUUAUUUCAAGUCACUGUAAAGUUUCUGCUCCUUUUUACUUCCAGUAUUUUCAAACGUGUUUUUUAUUUUUUUCCAAUGUGAAUAAACUCCUUGCUUUUGUUGGAAGGUGCGGCAGCUAAACUAUUAAAGUUAACAGUUCUGUUUAUUCUCUCCUGUGCAGCUCGUGUCCUGUUUGUCACCCUGAUUAAAGACAUCUGUUUUGUUUGUUUGCUUCAGAUGUUAUUCUAACAUGAAUCGUUGAAAAUAUCACUAUAAAACGUCUUAACUCAUCUAGAUUGAGAUGUUGUGAGAUCAGAUUGAAGAGAUUCUGUGGUUUAUCCGGCUUCAUUGAUCCAGAACCUGCAGAUCGUCCUGCGUUUUUCACCCUGUCUGCUUUAAUCUGGGACUGACUCAUUUAAACUGACGGCACAUGUUCCCUCAAAACGUUUCCUCUCAGUCAUGAAUAAAUGUGUUAAGGUGUUUUAUCCGUCCAAACAUUCAAGGCUGCCGAUGGUGAAUAUCAGUGCUUUCUUUCCUUUGGGUUGCUGACAUGAAUAAAAUGCUCCUCUCUGGU